AUGACCAACCUCGAUCUCUUCCUCCUCAAGGGCCCGCCGGGAGGGGACCUCGCCCGCGGGCUCGACGAUCUGCGCCACCACAUCCUCAGCGCGGGUAUCCCAGCGAAUAGCGAUGGCAUGUCCGAGUUGCGCAUCUACAUCUGGCUGACUUUCCUGAACGCUACCCCCAUCCGCACCGAUGUUUAUCUUGACCUCGUCCGCCAAGGCGCAUCUCCCGCCUAUACGAAGAUACGCAAUGACACUUUCCGCACACUGGCGACUGAUCCCUUGUUCCGGCGCCGGGUGACCGAGAAUAGCUUGACCCGUGUCCUGAACGCUGUCGCGUGGAAACUUCACGAUGCUCACGAGGCCCGUGUCAACGGUUGGCAAUCCCCACCGACUCUGUCCGACUUCGGUAGCCCAAACUUCUCCUCCAGGCGCUCUUUGACGGGAACGACCAUUACCGACGGUGGGUCGCAAGCUGGUGACACGGCUGGGGAAGUCGGUUACGUCCAAGGCAUGAACGUGCUGGCGGCUCCCUUCCUCUACGUUGCGCGCAGCGAGGCCGAGGCCUUUGUUGCAUUCGACAAGUUCAUCACCACCGAGUGUCCGGGUUACGUUCGCGGAUCCAUGGACGGGGUGCACAAAGGUCUUGCCUUGGUGGAUACCGUGCUCGAGAUUGUCGAUCCCAAGCUCUCAUUCUACCUCACCUCCAAGGGCCUGAAGGCCGAAAUCUACGCCUUUGCGUCCGUGCUGACCAUGUGUGCGUGCACGCCGCCGCUGCCCGAGGUCUUGCAGCUGUGGGAUUUUCUUUUUGCCUACGGCCCACAUCUUAACAUUCUCUGUAUUGUUGCACAGCUCGUGCUGAUCAGGGACCAAAUCCUGGCAAGCCCAAGUCCUAAUCAGAUCUUGCGCUCUCUGCCGCCGUUGCAGUCCAAGGCAAUCAUCUCCCUCGCCGUUGCAAACGCGCAGAAGAUCCCCGAAGACAUCUACCAACAAAUCAUCGACCACGCGAAAUGA